AUGACUUCGCUCAGUUGUCAUUCAUCGACCAAAUACUAUGAGCAUUCUUGGCUUUUUGACAUAAAUUUAGGUUCUCAAGAGGGCUUGUCGAACUUUGAUGGAGUUUUCUCUGGUUGCAUCAACAAAAAUUAUUAUAUCGCAAAUAAGCAUGAAUUAUUGGUCUUUGACGGACAUAAUUGUCCCUCUUUUGGGACGUGCUUUGAAGAAGAAAUCAUUGCUAUACACGAGUUGUCAGAAUUAGAUUCUCUUCUUUUAACAUUCAGUGGUGGCACUCUAAAAAUAUUCAAUAUAAUUUUAUUGAAAUUCAUGCAACUCCCUCUCCAAAAUUUUAAAGAUAUUAAAAUCAUAUCCUGGACGAAUGGUUUCCUAGAUGUGAUGAUCGUCACAUCAGAUUCAAAGGAAAUUAUCUUGCGAGCUAUCACUAAGGAGUCAUUCAACAACUCAGUAUUGAAUAACGAAUCUCAAUUUUUCUCUCAUAUAUUGCAAACAGCUGUGAUUCGGCCUUGUACUUCUCCUUUAUCACUGGUCUGUCCACCCGAGAAUUCCACUAUAGCUACUGCUAUUUCUCUGCAGCCUAGCUUGAAGGUUCUAACCUUCGAAAAUUCAUUAGCUAACCAAAUCAGUGAACAGGAUAUUUUGUGUUUUUCUCCUCUCGAUGAACUCGAGUCAGCAUUCAUUAAGAGCGAAUUUCUAGGAUCAGGUUAUUUUGCCAUCCUUACACUCCAGCAUAGAUUAUUGAUUUUCAAUGCGAUGGCUCGAGUAUAUUGUGGAACUCUAAGUGAUACCAAUGACGUUAUAGAUUUUGCAGUCAAAUUAAGUACUAAUUCUACGAAUUCGCUGAGCUUUGACCUCUAUACUCUCCAUGAUCGAUACGGUGAGGUUGUUCUGGAAGUUCACUCCUAUCCUGGGUGGGAUCUGUGUUUUUCUCUGCCGAUGUCAACCACGUUGUCGUCGAUUCUUUCUCGAAAUGGUUCGAAUUUGGAACCUCUUUUGGUACAACAGACGGAAACUUCUCUUAAAUUAUCUACAUUUGUCGUGACAGAUCCCUUUGAACACUUAAAAGCCCUUGUUGUGGACAAAAUGUUUGUUGAAGCUCGUCAAUUCGCAGCCAAGUACAAUCUUAGCACCGCACUCAUUGCUAAAUUCGAAUUUAUUGCUUGCUUGGAAUGUAUGAUUAAUUUGGCCGGGAAACUUGUAAACUGCGAGGAUGAUGAAAAAACAACGACCGAGAUGCUGUCUAAUGCGCAUUCAACUUGUUCUCGCGCUUUGGAACUUCUUGGUGAAUUCUCCGUUUUGGAACCUUCAUCAGAAAUUCUGUUACUGGUUCAACAAGGCAUCAUACCACGGCUAGCACCACAAUCUCAACUCUUGAAACAAAUAAUGCUUAAGUUACCUAAGGAUAGCGAAGGUAGCGAGGUUGUUGCAGUUUUUCUUAAGCGUUUGCAGGUCUUCCAAAAGCUGAAGAAGUACAACAAUUUGAGCUGUACGGCAUGGCGAAAGUUUGCCUUUACAAAGAUAUCCGUUGAGUUUGUUGAAUGCUUUGCUAAAUGGGAAAAUUACUAUGAUGGCUUCCUCAUCUGGGGCGCGUUCAAAGAUGAACUGACUGCUGAUUUGACGGAGUCUUCACUUCGGGCCUUCCUUUCUUUUCUGUCUCAAAAGCCUUUGCUUGUGCCGAGUGGAAGCAUUGAAGAUUCGAAGUGCUUGGCUGAAGUGGAGAAUAGACUUCACUCCUGGCUAGCCUCAGACCUUCUACCGGCUUUGCUCUCAAACUGUCCUACUGCCCUGCCACUCUUGGCCAAAUGGCUAGUCGAUCGAACUCACCAACUCGAAGCUAGCAUAAAGAAGAGUAGUGUGGCUCAUACUCAAUUCAAGUGGCCAGGUACAGCUAUUGUCUGGAUUGAGGACCUACUGCGGAGGUCCAACCUCUCGACUACUUUACGUCCUGAAGAAAUAAGCCCUCAAGAGGAGGUUAAUUACCUAAUUUCUGGUCUCAGUAGUCGAAAUGUAGAAGUCGAUCCUUUUUAUUCCCUGCGUGGCCUCCUUUUCGACUUGAGGACUAUUCAAGAUUUGCGUGAUAAGUACAACUUCAGUUUGGAUUUGGCUCACUGUGGUAGUCUAAAUGCCAAAUCGAUUGCUUUUAAACUGAUGGAUGUGACUGUAUCCUCACUUAGCGCUACUGGUAGCAACGGCUCUGAUAGCGCCAUGAAACAAGUGGCUUCCUUCAUUAAAGAGAGAGGUUUGAAUGCUGAUAGAGUCUACUCUGAGUACUGUACCUACUUUCUGGCCGCCUUUCUGGAAAAUACAUCUCCUUCGAAGUGGAAUACGACCGCGAUGAGGGAGUCGUCUAGGGUGAUCGAUCUUAGUCGACGAGCUUGUCUAGUUGCUUCGUGGAUAAAGUCGGUGGAUUACAGAUGCAAGACGGCUCAGUUGUUAGCUAAAGUGACUCCUACACCUUGGCCUUCACAAUUACAUGCAAUCGUUGACUCAGUUCUCGCUGACUGCAGCAAGGGAAAGUCGGAAGAUGCGCAUCAGGCAAUACGCAAACUUACGCGUAGAUCAAAUACCGCCAAAGCCAUUGGAAUCCUUUCAAAAUAUGGCGUGGAGUUGGACAGCCUAGAUCGAAGUAUCAGUUGUCUUCUUUUUCGUGCAUCGCCACCCUGGAUAGUUAAACCCACCUCCAAAGGCCUUUCCCCCGAAAUUUCGCGUUCAGAAGUUCUCUCUGAUGCUCUAUCAGUAGCUCGGCUUCUCACAUCCUCUGCCGAUACCACAUCCAAGUCGCCCAAUACCCUCGUUGCUCUCGCACAUCUUCGUGUAUCUCUACGCCAGGCUCUCACGAUGCCCUUACAAUCUGAACGCUAUAGUGUUGAUAUUCAUCAACGAGCGCAUUACUUGCCUUCAGUUGUCCUGAAGGAGGUGAUGGCCCUGGUGCCUGAGGGUGAUAGUGACUUUGUUGAGUUGAUCUUCCGAGAGGCUAUUCAUGAACUUGGAAGUCGGUGGGAUUUGAUGUGUUGGGAUUUUGAACAGGUCUCUCAGUACCUCGAAGUGUUUGCCUGCAUAGCUCUUGAAGCAACCAAAGUCUGCCCCACAAAUUCGUCUGUGGCCAAAGAUGCAUCACAAUGGCUUCAUUACUGCCAUCUUGGGCGUAAAAUCAUCUCCCACUUUGAAGAGUGUGGUAUUAGCCUUUCACACUUCCCCAAACCCAAUAAGACGUCUCCGCUUAAUAUCGUCUUCUACCAAUCUCCAACCACAUCACCAUUCAGUAUACAGAGUAUUGCUCUACUUCACCUCCUUCUGCAGUGGAACAAUCACCAAUUUAACGCAUCCGAUGAAGAAAUUCUCCUUGUUGACACAUGGAUGUCUUUAGACCAUUCGCAUUCUCUUGGAACUGUUGUCAAUGUAUUGAAGCAACUUGUAGACAGAGUCAAGAUGAAACCGGAUUUGGAGAGUGUUAGCAUUGAUGUUGUGUAUGGAUUAGUUUUACGCAGAAUCAUGCCAUUUUUAACUGCUGCAGAGAUUGAAUCGGACUUUAAUUUGGUGUCUGACUUAAUUAGAUGCGUUUACGUCCUUCUUAUUUUGGCAUCAAAUAAAGGUGUAUUAUCAUUCAAAUAUCGAUGUGUUCUUAGCAUCGUAUCCUGUGUAGAGACUGUGUUUUCAAACCUUGCUUUAAAGUUUUCUAAUGUGGUCCCUUCCAAAAGUCCAUUUGAAACAUGGCAAUUUUCCAUCCUCUUUCACGAAAAAGUUCUCCAAAAUGUGGAUUUAGAAACAGCUCAAUUUCUCAGUUCAGAUUCCCUACAGUGGCUUUCACAAAUGCUUUACUAUGCCGACAGGAAAACCAGCGACGCUCGAACAGUACAUGGUUUACUCUCAGAGGGUUUUCGCUUAGCCACAGAUUAUGCUACCCGGUUGAGCUUAAUUACAUCCGUUUCCAUACCCUUGAUGGGGUCACUGAUUUCUCUCUGCUAUAAAGAAGUGCAUGAUGGAUCUUUGAGAACUGUUAAUGUUAGCAUGCACGAGGAGUCUCAAUUUGAGUUGCCUCGAAGGGACUUACUGGAAGAGUUGGAGAGGAUCUUGGUUGAACAAGUUGACUCUUGGAUGGGCGAGGCUUUGGACAACCUCUUCCGUUGCUCGUCAUACCUUGAUGUGCCCCUAGCAUUCGGUUUGGCAGUCUGUCAAACCCUGGCAAAUAGUGCCAAUCGCAUGCGCGCUUUCGUUGCGAACAAUCCAAGGGCUUCUAGCAAGAUCCAAGCAAUUGCCGUGAUGAUGUACAAGGCAUCUAGACUGCUUGGAGCAGAAGAUGCAGCACGUAUGGUUGCUAUGGCCAAGGGACUAGCUCUGAACGCUAAAUGGGAUGCUGCUUUACGUGUAUAUGGAUUACGUCACAGUCAUAGAAAUCCACAACCCGACGUAGUUCUAGGUCAUCUGAUAGGGAUUCUACCUCCAGUCUGUCGAAGUAUCGGUGUCGCUGACCCCCUUUCUGCACCCCUUAAACCCCUCCCUUCCGUGAGUGAAAUUGUCGAUUUCUGCAAGGAUUUCCAUCAAAAUGCCAAUGAAGCCCUUUUGAAACACCUCGAAAUUCUAAUAAUGGCCCCAUUCUCCGAGAAGCCCAGUUCAGUAGGUGAUGAGGAAUUGUGUCGUUUCAAGAAGUAUUCCAGGGCAAAGUUGGAUCGAGCUUCGGAGGUUUACAGAGUUCUCGUGCGAAUCGCCUCCACGGAUGUUGAGUUCAUGGAAAACAGGCUUGAACCUUCCAUUAAGCGUUUGUUUUCUUCCACAUCGCCCUACGAUUAUGAGGUACUUUGCUUCCUUCUUGAUUGCAUUAGGACUCUUGAUGACCUGGAGACGGCUUCAAAGUUGGCUAUUCCACUCUUAUUUGGGCACUGGUGGCUGAUGUUUGAAAGAAUUUCUACUUGCGCUUCUGCCAAUAUUUGCUUCAUUAUAGAGAAGGAUAUCGAUCAGGCGAAUUUACACAAAUGGCUCCAGUUGGAUGAAUUCGUGGAGUGGGGUCUAUCAGAUAAUAUCAACAUUGCAAUGAUAGCCAAUGGGCUGAGUAGCCUGGAGAAAAUAGGAUUGCUGCGUGUUCACACGAAAGGCGGUCUCUUCCCUUCUGCCAAUCCCGCCACGGCGCAAUUCUUCCGCCACGUUGUCCCGGUGGAUCGUGGUGCCGCGGAUAUCUGGGAGCAUGCGUCAGCGUGUGAACACAUCUUCCGGGUAUUCUUCAAGCGUGCUUUCAAGGCUCUUUCAAGGGUCCAGGAUAGGCAGCUUCUGCUAAAAUUCCUCGGAGGUAAUCUUCAUGAGACUAAUUUGGAACCUAUGAUGGUGUCCAUAGAGGAUGGAAUCACUAUCAAGCUUAAUACGAAUUGCAUUUUCCUUCCUUCAGAGACCUUCUCCAGUUUUCGUGACGGUCCAAUCAAGUUGAUCUUUCUCGAUAUGGUAGUGCGAAUGUUGAAUGGAUGGCUUGGAGUUGGCGGAGGUAGCCAGAGAAGCUCCUGUUCUCACACAUCAGUGAUUGCACCCAAUGAUGGAAGUAAUUCGGCUUUACAGACGACGGCGGUUGUUACCGGACCAAUUGUUCCAGGUCGCCUCUCAGACCGCUUCAAAGACGAGGCUACAAACUCUGUUGUGAGGAAGGCUCUUGAAGAGGCUGAACUCUGCCAUCAAAAAUUGGCUGUUGAGGCUUGUCUUCAUCGACACAGUAUUACACGAUACUGGCCAGAUAUACUCACUCGUGCUGUCUCGUAUGUAUGGUUUACUGAAAUCAUGAAAUAACGUUCAUGGAAUGACGAGAAAUCUCUUCAUGUUAUGGCACUGGGUAAACAUUAUUUUAUUUAUUUCAAAUGGCGGGCUUUAUGACACUUAUCAUUACCCCUGGGUAAACAUAGCAUUCAAUAGUUGUGUCAUUUUUGCAGUUCCUCCGCUCUUGUGGACCUCCUACUGAACAAGUCGUGCGCUAUCUAUGCAUCUUCGGCCCUAACCGACGCCUCUCGAAUUGACCCCACUAUAGGCCAGAUCAUAGCCUACCACAGACGUGAGGACGUUCUCAGCCAAUUGCGCUGUGCUCUAAAGGAACUUCUUUGCCUUCAAGGCAUCUCAUUCACUGCCUGGGCCAGACAAGUUGUGUGGCAGCGUUUGCGCCUCCCCAAGUCGAUUAGACCGACAGAGUGGCCCGAAAUGAACCCAACUGGUGGUGCUGGUCUGAUGGUUGGUGAUGCCGAAGGUAUCGAUUUGAAUGCCACUGCAAUCGUAUUUGAUCUGGACAGCUCAGUACUUAUGCCUGGCGAACAAGCGGAUAUUUCACUUAAUGCUACUUUUGCUGCAUCA